AUGUACGCCGCCCCAACAAGCCCACAGAAUUCAAUCUUAACCCUCAAGGCAGGCUUGACACGGGUCGCAAAAUUCGAACACGAUGUCGCCAACUAUGCUUCUACAUUCGCCCGCAGACCGGGCACUGCCAACACGAACCAGCCUCUUCCAGAGGCUGACGCUACUUCUCUCGAAGAACUACUUCGUGCAACAGGGCAUCCAUUUGAAGAGGUGGUACAAGGCCAGACAUGUUUGCUUUGGGCACGCUGGGUAGGAGCACAUAAAACAGACCGUCAAGUCCCCGCCCUGACAUUCGAACCUGUACGAACCGCAGCGGACGCCACUUCGCUAUGGACAAAGAUCUGUGUGGUCAAGACGGUGUACAUCAGAGGAAUGCUCUUUACACAAGCUGGUGAGGGUAAAGAGGCGAAGGAAAUGCUUGACUCUCUGCUUCCUUGGCUAGACGCGAACAGGAGCCUGGUCGUUUCUACCCCUCAGCUCCUUUACUGGGCACAACAACUACUCGGGCGAGUUGCGUUGGGCCUAGGAUUGUCAAGCACGGACUCUACAACCGCCAUUGGCCACGAGUCGGCCUCCUUCAGGCUCCAAGCAUUCCGUCAUUGGGCUGUACUUGCGGUUAAGAACCAGGAGGUGCUGGCUUCAACUUACGGCAAUGGCCCCGGACAUUUGUCGAAGCUCGAGAUAUGGAGAGCCUACUACAGGUUCAUGUCCAGCAUUCUGCAAAACAGACAAGGAAUCGCGGACCACGUCUCUAUCGAACACUCCGAUUUGGCGAUCGAGCUACGGCGGGUGGAGACGUCUUAUGAGAAUGAGCUCUUGCGGAAUGUACAAUUUCCCAAGGCCACGGAAUCCAAUGCGGUCAUAGAAGGGUGGGUAGAGGAAUUCAUUCGCAACUGGCAGAUUCUUUGCGGUCCCAACUGGUCGGAGUCGGACUUGGGCGAAGGUGGUCGCAAUUCAUUUGGCAGAAACGUGCUCGACAUGCUUUACCGAGCCGCCACCAAGUCUUUUCACUCUACACUUAUCCUUCGCCGAUUAUUCCAGGUACAUAAAGCUUUGACGGAUUUCGGCUUGGCUUACAAGGCUUUGGACACCUACGUUGAGCUAAUGGAACGAGCGCGGGCCGGAGAUGCCAAGUCUGAAACUCCAGCGACCGGCAGAGACAGUGAUGAGGUCUUCAUGAGAACCAUCGCUGAAGGAAUUGAAGGCCUGUGCUCGUUUGGCCGGUACGUUGAAGCGGAAAAGGCGCAUGAGCUUUGCGACAAGCUCCAAGAUCUCCUGGAAGAGCUUGAACUGUCAUCUACAGAUUCCGUUCCCAAUGGCUUCGCAGCAAGAAGCAAUGGAGAGGUCAACGGAGAGGUCAACGGGGAAAAGUCGGUCCCUUCCCAACUGUCCGCCGAAUUGCUGGAAGCUGCCUACCGGGCCAUCGGUAUAGGAAAAGCACAGUGGGCUCGAUGGACACCUUUCAGUGAGGAGAGGACCAACCUGCAGACUGCAGCCAUCGAAUGUCUACAGAAGGCGGUAGCACAAGAUCUCCCGAUUGAAAAGCAACUGCCCGCCUUGUAUGCGCUAAGCCAGCUGCUCGCGCAGACUCGAGACAUUGACCAGGCGAUUGCAACUGUGAAGAGAGCCCUAGCCAGAGAAGCAGAGAAGCUUGAGAAAGACAAAAAUUACAGCAUACAGCGGCAGUUACUGCCAUUCUGGCACUUGUUAUCGCUCCUCCUCACGUCUCGGCAGAAUUUUGAGACGGCAGGCCAAAGCUGUGUGGCAGCAUUUGAGCAAUUUUCUCCUCCAGAGGUCAUCUUUGGCGACUUCCCCAAUGGUUCGGUGGUUGGUGGAAGAGUGGCCAGUGGGUAUCGGAAAGUCGGGCUUGUGGACGACAUGGAGUGUGACGAAUUGCAAAAGAUCAUUGAGAUUCGCAUCACUGAACUGGCGUUGACGGAGCUUAUGGAAGGUCCAGAGCAUGCGGUUAACAACAGCAACGACUUGCUCGCACUAUACUCCCGGCUGUUUGGACGACAUGGGGUGAUCGCCAUCAGCGAAGAAACGUCCAGAAAAAGAUCGAUUCAACCUCCCAAGAGCUCGGGUGGCACGGUCAGGAGUCUACCAGGAAAGCUGUUCCAUCGAAAGAGACUGGGAAGGUCGAGUGAGUCGUCCAAAGGAGUGCCGAUCAAUAUCGCUCCUUCAAUAGCGGAAGAAGUACGACCCAAUACGCAAGCGACUCAGGCUACUCAGACGACCCAAGCACCGACUAUCCAGGUCACCAAUGAAGACGGCAAAUCGUCGCCGCACAAACACAAAAUAUUCCAUAUCCAUGACCAUGGGAAGGAAGGGAAGCGUCAUUCCUCGGCACCUUUGCCCAUGAAGGGUCUGGGGUCGAGGCGCUCGAGGUCACUGAGUCGAGGGAGGAAAGAGCCGAGCCACGCAUCAAGUACCGCACAGUCAUUUGAGACUUCGCAGGAGACAGUCCCCAGCUCGGAGGCAACGGCAGAGACCGCUCAACCCGAGCAGCGAACCCGGUUAGAAACCAUUCAAUCCGCCGAUGUCCCAGAGGUGCCUGUGUCUUCGGAUCACGACGCGAGCGAAGGAGCCAAACAGCCGCUAAAGGAGAUACCGCACAACCUCGCGACGCAUGAGAAGGUGCCGCGACCGGCGCAGCACCAAGAUCAACCUCCUCAGCAGGACGUGCGACUGCCAGUCGUGGGACCGGGGACACUGCGAACGGACCCCAUACCUCGGUUCCCGCGGACGGCGUCUCAGAGGCAUGCUCUGAGUAUAUUGGUUAAAAUAUGGCUGAUCAUUGCGACGCUAUACCGAAGAGGCCAGAUGUUUGACGACUCACGGGAAGCUUGCGACGAGGCGGCUAAAGUGGCCUUGAAGAUUGAGGGCAUGGUUGCCAGUGUGGAAAGUUCAGCACGGGCAUUCAGUGAUGGUGGAUGGGGCGGUGGUGGAAAAAGCUCGGAUGAGCUUUGGGCUGACGUGUACUGUGAGCGAGCGGAACUGCUGAUGGCUAUCGCCCGCGCUCGCGAAGAGAAAGAAGGCACCGUAUCCUCUGAAGGAAUCCGGGAAGCGGUGGAAAACUACGAGCAGUGUCUGAUGUACUUUGCCGACCACCCGGGAGGGAUUGUGGGAUUGAGUAAUGUGCUCCUGGACUACUACGAACGCAAAGUGGAGCUGGCCCGGCGAAUCGACAACGGCAAGCCAAGGGUAGAAGAAGCACAGCAGCCACAACAACAACAACAACAACAGGACGAAUCAGGCCGGCCGAAGCACAAGCGCGAAUGGAGCCGAAUCUCGACGGGCCCGACUACCAACGGCUGGUUUGAGAUGGAUGGUCCAACGGCGAACGCGAACACGCCUCUCGGUGCGUCGAGCACUCCAUCGGGCAGAGAAGAAGAUCUUAAGAAGACGCCAGAGAACCUCAAUAGAUUGGCAGCCCGCGACCGGGCAUAUGGACUGCUGUCGACACUGACGAAACUGGGGUCGGGUUGGGACAACUCAGAAGCAUGGUUUGCGCUGGCCCGAGCUCAUGAACUGGGCGGCGAGGUGGACAGAGCCAAAGAGAUUCUCUGGUGGUGUGUCGAACUGGAGGAUACGCGGCCCAUCCGACACUGGGGGAAUGUUGGGUGUGGAGGGUACGUCCUCUGA